CGCUUUAGUCACGCUAAUGUACAUGUUCCAAACCAUUUUUCUUUGUUGAAAAAUUCACAACAUUUUUUUCUUCCUUUAUUAUUUUAGUGUUAUCCCAAUAUUAUUGCGGAUUUGAAAAAUACAUUUUUUUCCAGCGAUAUUAAGAAGAAAUACUAGAAGUACUAGAAUAGAAGAUAAAUACUAAAUACUAGAAUUUAAGAAGAAUACUAUUUAAAAGAAUAAAUACUAUUUAAAAGAGUAUCACUAAUCAGUGUAAAAUGAGCAAUGGCACAGCUAAUGAUGUUUCAACAGUUAAUGGGUAUUCAGAGAACCAUGCUGCACCUUCAGUCAAUGUGACUGAAAUACACUUUAAAAGGAACCAAUUAAUUGGAAGAGCAACUCAAGUGUUUUUCCCAGAAAAGCCUCUCUACAUUGCUAGAGGAAAAGGGCAGUAUCUUUAUGAUGAAAAUGAUGUCCAGUAUCUUGAUUUAAUGAACAAUGUUGCUCACGUUGGUCAUUGUCACCCAAAAGUUGUUGCAUCUGGAUCUCAUCAAAUGUCAAUAUUAAGCACAAACUGUCGCUUUCUUCAUGAAGAUAUUAUUAAAGUUGCAAGUAAGCUUACUGAAAAAUUGCCAGAAAAAUUAAAAGUUUGCUUCUUCACCAACUCAGGUACUGAAUCAAAUGAUCUUGCAAUGCGACUUGCUGAAACAUACACAAAACAUAAAGAUGUUGUUGUUAUUGACGAUGCUUACCAUGGACAUUCUGUGUCGCUUAUUGAUAUUAGCCCUUACAAAUUUAAACUUCUUGGUUUUCAAAAAGAUUAUGUUCAUGUGGUGCCACGUCCAGAUGUUUAUGAUGGAAUGUUUAAGGGAGAUCAUAAUGAUCCUUUGAUUGGUGAAAUGUAUGCAGAUGAAGCAAUCAAGGUCAUGGAUAAUGCAGUUAAAAAUGGUAGAAAGAUUGGAAUGUUUAUAGCUGAAUCAUUGCUAUCUUGUGGUGGUCAGACUAUUUUGCCUAAUGGUUAUCUAAAAAAAAUUUACAAACAUGUUCAUGAUCUUGGUGGUGUCUGUGUUGCGGAUGAGGUGCAAGUAGGACUUGGGAGACUUGGGAAAGAAGGGUACUGGGGUUUUGAGAGGCAAGGCGUAGUUCCAGAUAUUGUAACAAUUGGUAAACCUCUUGGGAAUGGACAUCCAGUAUCUUGUGUUGUAACAACAAAUGAAAUUGCAGAAGCAUUUGAACAUACUAAAGUUCCAUAUUUUAGCACAUUUGGAGGAAAUCCAGUUUCAAUGUCCAUAGCUUUAUCUGUUUUAAAUGUUAUUGAAGAAGAAAACCUCAUUGAAAAUGCUGAAAGAGUUGGAAAUUUUUUACGAGAGGAGCUUAAAAUGUUACAGCUUAAAUUUCCUAUUAUAGGCGAUGUGAGGGGAAUUGGAUUGUUUGCUGGAAUAGUUUUGACCAAGAAUAGAGAGACUCGAGAACCUGCAACUGAGAUUGCUAAAAAAGUUUGUUACAGAAUGCGUGAUCAUCGUAUUCUUAUCAGUCGAGACGGACCUGGUGAAAAUGUUUUAAAAAUUAAACCUCCAAUGGUCAUCACUAUAGAAGAUAUGCGUUGUUUUUUAAAUGUUUUGGAAACAAUCUUAAAUGAACUUUACGAAGAAAAAGUUUUAUAAAAAAAGUUAAAAAUUGUUUUUUUCAAACUAUGUUAAUUAAAUAUAUGAAUUUAGGGCCUGACACUUGUUUCAAAGAUCUUUUACUUUUGAGAAUUUGUGUCUUUUUAAAAUCUUUUUUUUUUAAUCA